UGCUGCCACGGGAUGUCAGUGUGUAUGACCUGUUGAUCCAACAAAUAUGUUCGGGAAAUGUAUUGCUUAAAAGUAAAAAAUAUCCACGCACCACUCGGUAUUUUGAAAACUCGGUGCCCUUGAGUCCUGUUCGACAUGGAACUGCUGAGCAGCGAGCACGUGUCGUACGUGUCCCGCCAGCUCGGCGUUUGCUCGUUUACAGCGCCGCCGUGGCUGUAUCCUCGUAUCGUGACUGCCACGUUCGGUCACUAUACGGUAACCUGUCCGUCGAGUCGUGUCACACCUGUUAGCAAAGGGUAUGUCGAGGUUGACACGUUCUACUAGCGGCUGCAUGACCAUAUGUUCAUAUAUAAAGCAUAUUAAUAAUAUACAGUAUACACAUGACACGGUACACCCUUUACACACAUUACGGUAUUUUCGGCGCACGUCAAACGACCACCCUACAACCUCUGACCAUCCGAAAAACCAGCCUGGUGAUCGUCAUCACGCAACACGUAACUGAACCCUUCAGACCCAUGUCGGUGAAUGGAGUGGAUGUUGGCGAAUUGGCGAUGUACUCUUGACCGUUCCACAACUGCUACAGCUCAAGUACAAGUACGUGGCAAGUAUGCUUCUGGUUACAAAACAGUGCACCGUCGUGGCCUUAACCUUCGCUGUUUUGUGUGCGGUCGUGCCCCCUUUGACGGCCGUUAACGUGCUCGCCAUCGAACCAUUGCCAGCUCGGAGCCAUUGGACGUUUAUGCGGGCCGUGCUCAUAGCGAUGGCCACCGGUGGCCGUGGUCACAACGUAACGGCGUACACACCGUUCGCUUCAUCGUCGGCGAUCACUGAUGGCGUCUGCAACGGCGGCCCGAUCGGUUGCGGGUACGUGGAAAUACCGUUGCGGCUUGGCGUACCGGACAAGGUCGCGCUGGACGUGCAGAGAGCCAUCGCCGAUUUCGCCGACCAAUGGCGGUUCGUGGGAAUCGCUGUGGACAAGAGUCAGACUGCUUGUGGCCUGCUGGACCGGAUGGCAGCCGCCGGCCACUUUUCCGGCGUCCGGUACGACGUGGUGGUCGUCGAGCUCGUGUCGUCCGAGUGCACGUCCCGCGUGUCCGGCGCCCUAGGCGAAGUGCCCCUCGUGUACGUUUUUCCGUCACCGAUAGCCUCGUGGGUGGAGGCAAAAGCGUUAGGUACUAGCCCCGGCCCGUCGUAUGCCAGCCGUCUGUUCGCCCGGUACGCGAAGCCCGACACUUUAGCCAGGCGACUGGAGAAUGCGUACGGCUGGACUGUGAUGGCAGCGUUACAAUGGUUUCACGAGCGAGGUGACGAUCAGGCCGGUUACCGCAAGCCUGCCGUCACGUUCGUCAACACGGAUCUGACUGUGGAAAAAUCUGUGCCCGUCGUUCAGAACAUGAUAGGCAUCGGAGGUGUUCACCUGCCGCCGCCUGAACCAAUACCGUCGGAUAUUUUAAAAUUUAUCGAGGAAUCACCAAAUGGAGUUAUUUUCUUUACAUUCGGUACUGUAGUUGCAUUGUCAACAUUACCGGACCAUAUUCAAAUUGCUUUCAAAAACGCAUUAGCCGAAGUUCCUCAAAGAGUGUUGUUGAAAUAUGAAGGAGAAAUGACGGAUAAACCCAAAAACGUGAUGACAAGCAAAUGGUUGCCCCAACGAGAUAUAUUGAUGCAUCCAAAUGUAAAGUUAUUCAUCGGUCAUGGAGGUAUAUCGGGUGUCUAUGAGGCUGUGGACGCGGGUGUCCCAGUCCUAGGAUUCCCUUUGUUCUAUGAUCAACCGAGAAACGUGGCAAAUUUGGUUGAUGCGGGUAUGGCGUUGUCUAUGGACUUGUUUUCAGUGACCAAAGAUACACUUUUAAAUGCUAUCAAUGAAAUUAUCAACAAUGAGACUUACUCAAAAAAUGCUAAAAUUACAUCGGAACUAUUUAAAGAUCGACCAAUGUCACCGGCCGAAUCGGUUGUUUACUGGACGGAAUACGUUAUUCGUCACAAAGGCGCACCGCAUUUGAAAUCUCACGCCCUCAAUUUGACAUGGUAUCAAUAUUUUUUGUUGGAUGUUAUAGCAGUUGCAUUACUACUUAUCAUAUCAGUUUGCUACAUUGUAUUCAAAACAUUGCAGUUGAUAAAAAAACUUAUUUUUAAAUCAUCAUCAAAAUCGAAAUCUAAACCGGAUUAAUUUAAAUGAAUUCUGUAUUAGUCUGUGUUUUAAAAUGUGACAUAUUAUAUAAAUAAGUUCUUGCACAUCACUCUUUUAAAUAUUUUUCCUCAUAAGGUUUCAUGUUUUCAAAUAGUUGCACUAAAAUCACGUAGCCUUUAACUUUGUCUAAUCAUAAAUUAUGUCUAUAAUGUCCAUAGAAAAAAAAUUAUUAUGGUUUGUUUAGUUAUAAAUUAUAUUGUCAUAUGAUUGUGUAAUAUAAUGCGAUG